AAAAACAAAGAAUACUACAAUAGAAAAAAAAAAAACAUGAAAAUCCUUAACUCUUUGUUCUUGAUUUUUUGUGUCUUCUCCAUUACAUUGAAGUCAUAUUUUGCAGAAUCAGACACUUACAUUAUCCACAUGGAUUUAUCUCUCAUGCCCAAAUCAUUCUCCACACACCAUAGUUGGUAUUUGAACACACUAUCUUCUAUUUCAGACCAAGUUAGUACCACAGAUUAUUCUUCUUCAUCUUCUAAUAAGCUUAUCUAUACUUACACGAACGCGAUUAGUGGAUUCACCGCGCUUCUCUCGCCUUCCGAGUUCGAAGCGAUCAAGAACUCCCCCGGCUACAUUUCUUCGACUAAGGAUAAGACGGUCAAAACCGACACCACCCACUCGUACAAGUUCCUCGGCCUCAAUCCGCAAAACGGGCUUUGGCCCGUUUCGGAUUACGGGAACGACGUCAUCAUCGGGCUUGUUGAUACCGGAGUUUGGCCGGAGAGCAGAAGCUUCGACGAUGGUGGCAUGGCGGUAGUUCCGGCGAGAUGGAAGGGCGAGUGCGAACGCGGCACCCAAUUCGACCCGUCCAUGUGCAACAAGAAGCUCAUCGGGGCCCGCUACUUCAACAAGGGGCUCAUGGCCAAGUACCCCAACCUGACGAUCACGAUGAACUCGGCCCGCGACACUGACGGGCACGGGACUCACACCUCGACCACCGCAGCGGGCGGGUACGUGGACCCCGCCUCCUACUUUGGCUAUGCUGGCGGGACCGCCAGGGGCACGGCCCCGCGGGCCCGGGUGGCGGUGUACAAGGCCCUCUUCGACGAGGGGGCUUAUCUUUCAGAUAUAAUCGCUGCCAUCGACGCCGCGAUAGCGGACGGUGUGGAUGUCUUGUCGUUAUCGUUAGGCAUCGACGGGCUCGCCCUGCAUGCCGACCCCGUCGCGAUAGCGACGUUCGCGGCAAUGGAGAAGGGCAUUUUCGUCUCGACUUCCGCAGGCAACGAGGGGCCGUAUUUGGAGACUCUGCACAACGGGACACCGUGGGUCCUCACCGUCGCAGCAGGCACAAUUGACCGGGAAUUUCGAGGGAGUUUGACUAUGAGCGACGGAGUUUCGGUGACGGGGAUGACACUCUAUCCCGGAAACUUCUCCUCCAGCCAGUACUCCCCCAUCGUUUUCGUCGGGGCUUGCCAAAACGACACUUCGAUCAAGAAAGUGGGAUCCAAAAUCGUCGUGUGCUUAGACACAUCCAACGCGCUAGACGGACAAGUCUACUCUGUCCAAAACUCCAACGUCGUCGGUGCAGUCUUCAUAUCAAACUACACGGACGCGGAAUCAUUCAUCCAAACUUCGUUUCCAUCACUAUUCUUGAAACUCGAGCAAGGCCAACAAAUUCUCGACUACAUCAAACGCGACUCCAAGCCGAAAGCCAGCUUCACCUUCCACGAAACCCUCAUCGGGACAAAACCGGCCCCACAAUUAGCCGGUUACAGCUCACGUGGGCCCUCCCCAAGUUGCCCUUCCGUCCUGAAGCCCGAUAUCAUGGCCCCCGGUGACCUAAUUCUCGCAUCGUGGCCAUCGAAUUCUCCGGUUACUACAAUCAAAACCUCCGGAAGUCUCUUUUCGAACUUCAACGUUAUAUCCGGAACGUCAAUGUCUUGCCCGCACGCCGCUGGAGUGGCGGCCCUCCUGAGAGGGGCCCACCCAGAGUGGAGCCCGGCGGCCGUCCGGUCGGCCAUGAUGACGACCGCCUACGUUUUAGACAACACAAACAAUCCAAUCAAAGAAAUUGGAUCCAACGGCGGCCAAUUCGCCGACCCGUUCGGAAUCGGGUCGGGCCAUAUCGACCCGAACAAGGCAUUGGAUCCGGGCCUUGUAUACGACGCAACCUCAGAGGACUACAUCAAUCUCAUAUGCGCAUUGAAUUUCACCGAAAAUCAAAUCAAGACGAUCACCAGAUCAACGGCCUAUAAUUGCUCGAAUCCAUCGCUCGACUUGAAUUAUCCGUCGUUUAUCGCAUUUUUUAAUCCGAACGGCACAAGUUCCGAGAAAUUAGCCGUUAGGGAAUUUCGGAGAACAGUGACUAAUGUUGGGGUUGGGAAAUCGGUUUACAGUUCGGAGCUGACAACGUUCGAUGGAUUGAAAGUUAGUGUGUCACCUGACAGGCUGGAAUUCAGUGACAAGUACGAGAAGAAAAGCUACAAGCUGAGAAUUGAAAGUCAAACGCUGAUGAAAGAUUCCUUGGUUUAUGGUUCGUUGACUUGGAUUGAAUCUAGUGGUAAAUAUCAAGUUAGAAGUCCCAUUGUUGCAACAACCUUAGUCCCAUGAAAAUAUAUUUACUAAGUAAUUACUAAAUUUGUCAUCUUCAAUAUGUGAUCAAAUAAUUCUAAUUAUUAAUUAUUA